AUGUUCGAAGUCGCAGCUGCGAAACGGGUGAAACAUUUCGACGACCCCAAGCAAGAAGCACUCGCUAUAUUAGAAUCACAACUACUCAAUUAUAGAUCUCGCUCCUCCACCAUCUUGGAUGAUUCUUCCACUCCCUCUCGUCCUUCCUCCCCUAACGUAGAGGUGUCUCUGCCGCGGUUGACUCGAGUUUACGCUACAGGCGGCGCCAGUGCGAAUAGAACCAUUCUCAGUCUCAUGGCCGAUGUCCUGUCCGCAAAAGUAUGCAAGAAUGUCGAGUUUACCGAUGGCAAAUGGCAGGACGCCCAUUGGAACUCCUGUAGUGUCGGCGUCGCGUACAAAGCGAGGUGGGGUUGGGAGAGGGCGGUGGAUAAAACGAGGCAAGGUAUCAGCUUCGACCAGGUGAUAAAAGAAUGUCGUGAGGCGAGGGAACGGCUUCGAGGGGGUGACGGCGGAGAUAUGGAGCUCGAGGAGGAAGGGAUCAGAGUGAUAGCGAGUCCUGGACCUGGAGCGAGAGCGUAUGAACGGAGGGUGGAGUGGUGGAGGGCUUUGGAGCAUAGAGCGUUACUGGAGCAAAAAGCGAUGGAGGCGUCAGUUGGGCAGAAUGGGGAGUGA